CCACCUAAUCUCUCUGUUGAUCGGGGCUGGUGUGGGGGCUGGAGUGAUGAUGCUCCUAUGUAUCCCACUGCUUCUCAUCUGCAAGAGAUCCAGGCAAUCACCAAACAAAAGACAGAAGGACACAGCAGAGUUCAUAGUGACUGAUGAGGCCCUCUUUCAGGAAGAGGACAAUGUCUAUGCCAAUAAAGCCAUGCUGGAUGAGGCCCUCGGGCCCAACAGGACAGUGGACAGGGAAAUUGACGACACAGACAUACUCCACUACGCCAACUUGAACUUCUCCAAACUCCAGGCCAAGGUGGCCAAGCAGGGGGAGGGGGAGGGAGAGAUCAGGGGAGUCGCCUCCAAACCGGCAGAGUACGCAGUGAUCCGUCUGCACUCCACAGGUAGUAUCGAGGGAGGGGCUGGGAAGAAGGAGGCCAAUCCUGCUCUGGAGCAGGGGGAUCACGCUGAAGACCAUGGAGCGAAAGUCUUAGAAGAAACUCAGGCAGGGCACAAGAGUGAUGGGGAAGAAGAAGUUGCAAAGGAUUCUGCGCUGCCAAAGCUACAGGGCAUGACUAAUUCUGCCCUCAGUGUCCAGGAGUCUACAGAGGCUCCAUUGGGACAAUCUGAGCAGCACAACACAGCAGAAACCACUGUGGAUGAGGUGACACUGCUUUCUGAGUAGAAAGAUUCCUCUAAUGGUGAAGAGGAGGUAAGGUAUGGGAACAUAUGUCAUGGUCAGGUCAUAUCUGAGACAAAUUAGGGAAAACCUCAGUUAGAUAGGAGGAAGAGGAGGAGAGUAUAAAGGCACAGUAAGCUGCUGUAUAGAGGGUGGAAAGCUUAUGUGCAGAUAAGCUAGUGCAAGGUUGUGAAAAAUCACCCAUAAUGCACUGCAGAGACAUCAUCGUCACCUUUCAAACUGUAGAAACACUAUGUCCACCUUUUUUUUAACACCAGUUAUUCUACAGUGUCUGUUCAUUAGUUAGAUUUUCAUCUCUAUAUAUACAAGUAUGUGGACACCCCUUCAAAUGAGUGGAUUUGGCUUAACAUUAAAUCCAAUUAGGGAAUACAUUAGAUUUUGUCCUGCUGAUCUACACAACCAACUCCACAUUUUCAAAGUGAAAGAACAAUUAUAAAAAAUGUUUUAUUUACAAUUGAAUAGAACAUAAAAACCAAAGAUGUCUUGAUUGCGUAUGUCUUCACACCCCAGAGAUAAUACUUGGUGGAAGCACCUUUGGCCGCUAUUAUAGCUGUGAAUCAGUUUGAAUAAGAUUCUACGAACUUUGCACAACUC